AUGGUGUUCCAGAGGAGUGUUUCCCUGUUGUCCAAGCUACGGUCCCGCUCUGGUCAACAACCGGUUCUGGGCAAUUCGGUCCGCUGGCUCCAGUCCUUGGCUGGCAUUGACCUUCAUUCUCAGCUGAAGGAAUUGAUACCCGAACAGCAGGAGCGCCUAAAGAAACUUAAGUCAGAACAUGGAAAGGUUCAGCUUGGGAACAUAACUGUUGACAUGGGAAUUCGCUUUCGAGGCCUGUCGAUUCCUGAAUGUCAGAAAUUGUUACCAGCUGUAAAGCCUGGUGGAGAACCACUGCCUGAGGGUCUUCUCUGGCUACUUUUAACAGGAAAGGUGCCAACAAAAGAGCAAGUGUAUGCUUUAUCAAAGGAACUACAAAGUCGUGCUACUGUCCCAGAUCAUGUAUAUAAAACCAUCGAUGCGCUACCUGUUUCUGCUCAUCCAAUGACUCAGUUUGCAACCGGUGUCAUGGCUCUUCAGGUUCAAAGUGAAUUCCAGAAGGCUUAUGAGAAAGGAAUCCACAAGUCCAAGUACUGGGAACCAACAUAUGAGGAUUCCCUUAGUUUGAUUGCUCAAGUUCCAAUUGUUGCUGCCUAUGUCUACCGCAGGAUAUACAAGAAUGGAGAAGUAAUACCAACAAAUGUCUCGCUGGAUUAUGGUGGAAAUUUUGCUCACAUGUUAGGAUUUGAUAAUCCUGCUAUGAUGGAACUCAUGAGACUUUAUGUCACCAUACACAGUGAUCAUGAAGGUGGAAAUGUUAGUGCGCAUACUGGUCAUCUUGUCGCCAGUGCACUGUCAGAUCCUUAUCUCUCAUUUGCUGCAGCAUUAAAUGGUUUAGCCGGUCCACUUCAUGGAUUGGCCAAUCAGGAAGUCCUGCUAUGGAUUAAAUCUGUCAUGGAAGAGUGUGGGGAGAAUGUCAGCAAAGAAAAUCUCAAAGACUAUGUAUGGAAAACAUUGAACAGUGGCAAGGUUGUUCCAGGAUUUGGACACGGUGUGCUGCGCAAGACAGAUCCAAGAUACACAUGCCAGAGAGAAUUCGCAUUGAAGCACUUGCCCGAUGAUCCAUUGUUUAAACUGGUUUCCAAUCUUUAUGAAGUAGUUCCCCCUAUACUUUUGGAGCUAGGGAAGGUCAAAAACCCUUGGCCUAACGUAGAUGCCCACAGUGGAGUGUUGCUCAAUUAUUACGGUUUAACCGAAGCAAGAUAUUUCACUGUUCUCUUUGGAGUGUCGAGGGCUAUUGGCAUUUGCUCUCAGCUUAUAUGGGAUCGAGCUCUUGGGCUGCCACUCGAGAGGCCAAAGAGCGUUACCAUAGAAUGGCUCGAAAAUUAUUGUAAGAAAGCAGCUUCAGCUUGA